CAAUGGUUCGUAGACAGCGUGAACAAAGCACUACUGAGGAUGAAAUCGUAAUCGAUACACCGCCCCAAAAGAAGCAUAAAAGACACAAACACAAAAAACAUAAGAAAAGGAAAUUUGACGAUGAAUUUGACAGUGAUACAUCAAUCGAUGUCGCGUACGAAGACACUGGGGAUAAACCUUAUAAAAUGAAAGUCAAAACCGGUAAAGAAGUACCUGGUACUUCAGCUGCGGAUCUUUUGAAAGCUCAAACAAUGAAAUCGUCAUCAGACUCGAGGCGAUCAAUGCCUGGUUCCUCCUCAAGCACACCUCCCAAAGCGUCAACAAAAAAAAAGAAGAAAGGACGCGACAGCGCAACUUCAAGCGAAGAAGAAAGGUGGCUGGAUGCUAUUAAAUCUGGAAAGCUUGAAGAAGUGGAUGAAGAACUGAAGAAGAUUAAACCCAAAGACCCCAAAAUGAUGACAGCACGACAAAGAGCUAUGUAUGAAAGAGGCACAGACAAAGAGACGAGUCCCGGUGGGGAGGUGUUGCUUGCUUUACCCUCAGGAUAUAAAGAAAAAGUUAUGACAGCAGAAGCAAUACAGAAAGCUGCACUCAAAUCCCAGAAGAGAAAGCAGUUAGCAGAUGAAAAGAGAGAAAAGGAUAAAAAGAAAACAAUGGAUAGACUUCUAAAGAAACAGGAAUCUAAGAAUUUAAAGAAUGCUCAAAAAGGGAAGCCUGCUAGAAGGCUCGAACCUAUGAUAAUAUACAAAAACAAUACUAAGGGCAUCUCAUUGUCAUUGCCCAUAGGAGUACCAUAUCCAAUGGAGAGCAAACCUCCAGUAGAGCCUCCAAAGCCAGUGCUCUGUGGUGUGAGUGGAUGUGAGAACAUAAAGAGAUACAAUUGUUCAAAAACUGGCAUACCUCUGUGUAGCCUAGAAUGUUAUAAACAACAUAUGACAACUGUAGCUGGAUAAUAAAGAGCCAAAAACACACUAUUGUAGUUAUUGCCCUAAAUGUAGAUUUACUUGCAAACAUUGUUGUUAUAUUAUAUAGUUAGUUAUUGUGUUAUAUAUAAUCAAUCUUGUCCAAUAAGAGAU